AUUGGUGUAACUUUUCACAAGUUUGAUCUUUCACAUGCCAUUGUUUACAAAUUAUAGGACGGAAAAGAAUGCCACUGCCUGGUCAAAAGACAAAAUAACAUCGUUGUUUACAGAUAUGGAAAUACAGGAUGAUGCAUACAAAGUAAUCAUCAAAUCCAUUGACGAUAUUACUGGAGAAGCAUUCGCUAACAAUAGAAAGGGAAAACUAAUAUUUUUCUAUGAGUGGGAGAUCAAAUUGGAAUGGGAAGGAUGGUUAAGAAAGACACAAAAAGUGUGCAAAGGGACAAUUACAAUACCUAACCUAAGUGAGGAGCAUCAUGACCCAGAAGAAGUAGAUGUUGAUGUUUCACUAUCAGUAGAAGAUGAUGAAGGUUACAUGGUGAAGGAGUUUCUCAGAGUUGCUGGCGUUAAGGAAGUGAGAACCAAGAUCGCCAUAUAUAUUUCUGACCUUCAAAUAGAGUAUAGCAAAGGCUUACUUUUGCCCUCGAAAGAUGGCAAGUUGCCAGCAUUGGAGGUGAAGGGUGGAGGUAGGACGAUAGUCAGUGGAGCAAAGAAGCCUGAGGAGGAGGAUGAACAGACUAAGCGAGUGAGAGAGACGAAGGAGAAGCUGAAGAAUCUACAUUCAAAGUCAACAGAACAAUUCAGCAAGACAAGAGUCACUCUUAGCGAGACCUUCAAGUGCACUGCUGACGAACUUUAUGCUGCACUAGUCGUCCCAGAGCAAGUGAGGGCCUGGACAGGCAGUCCUGCUGAAAUUGAUGGACAGAGUGGAGGGAAGUUUUCCAUGUUUAGCGGAAAUGUCGAAGGCACCUUUUUAGACUUGCGACCCGGAAGUCAAAUUAUACAGCGCUGGAGGUUCAAAGAUUGGCCAGCGGGCCAUACCUCCAUGGUCACUAUCAACAUCCGGGAGACAAAUGACGGCACCAUAAUGGAUGUUUCACAGACUUCGAUACCCGCUGAUCAAUAUGAUAAGACAAAUGAUGGCUGGAAGAGGUACUACUUCCAAGCAAUCAAGGCAAGGAUGGGAUUUGGGUCUCUGUUAUGAUUUCCACAACUUCGUUUAUACUAUGUUGGCACACAAACUUGUAGAACCAUAUCUAGCCUCAGAGAGCUUUCUUCUAUACACAACAUAUGCUGUUAAUCUGUGUAUACUUACAUUAACAUAUUUGUUUCUAAAGUAAUGAGUUUGAAUAAUAAAAAGUAAAUAAUGAUCAAUAAAGGAAGUGUAAACAUUAAAAAUUUUACAAGCCUCAAAAUCUUUAGUGUCUAUAACUAUAAAAAUGAUGCUAGCAUGCAUUCAGGUUUGGUGCUUGACUGCACAAUUAAAGUGGGAAGGUUCCUUUAAAUUCUAUUUAACUUAAAGAAGUUUGUCAAUUAUGGCAAACACGUGCUGCAGUCAAUUGGCAAUGUUACAUCAUUAGAAUCACAGCACGAAUUCCGUUCCAAGUGUGUAGUCAAGACAGUUUCAUUCAGGCUCUAAGAGGGGUAAAGAGCCAUCGAUUGACUGUAUUUGCAAUAUUAAUAUGCAAAAUGGUAUUGCUGUUUAAUCAUGCUGAUAAUCCUUGACAUAGAUACUGUUACCAGGUAGAGUAUCAAAGUAAUAAGUGUGUUAUGCAAGGUUGUUAACUAUAUGCUGCUGCCGUUUUAUUCAGAUGACAUGGAUUUCUGGUUCCCCUCCCCUAUAUAACGUACUUUGUGUGUAAGUUUACAGAAGACAUCUACCCUUCUUUCUCAUGUCAUUAUCAGUACUUAAUCUAUAUUGUUAUGAACUUUAACUCUUAAGCAGUUUAUUUAUUUCACGAUGUAAUGGGAAUUAAAUGUGUGGCGUUCUAAUUUUUGAACAAAACAAUUGUUAAAAUUGAGUUUUGUCUACUUGAAGAUAAAUCUUUACAUGCGUAGGCUACUAAAAUUACAGGCUGUGCUAAAAUUAUCAUAAUUAAAAUUCCUAGGGAGAUCUAUAGAAUUUGAAAUCUGUAUAUGCACAAUGCAGUCGUAGGCUCUUUCCUUGCCUUGAUUUGUGUUUAGAUAUAGUAUAUAAUGUUGUUUUUACAUUAUGUAUGAUGAAUAUCGCCUGACGUGUGAACAGUCGUUCCAUAAUUUACAAGAUGAACCCAACUUAGGUACUUCUACUGCUGUCUCAACAUAUACAACACCAUUUUUAUUUAGAAGUCACAAGGACAUUAUAUUCUUGUCAGUUACUAAUAUUAAAAUAUUUGCAGAACAA